AUGUUCACUGCUUUCCGCAAGCUUGCUAUUCUCUUUGUGGCCUUCGGGCUCGCCAGUAGGACAGCUCUCGCUGCGCCCGCUACCUCGUCUGGCGUCGAGAUUGAGUGGCGUCAACUGGUCGACGAAGGGGUUGACACUCGCUCGGGCACCGAUAAACUUCGAUACGCGGUGGAUCUCGGCAUUGAGAGUGCGCCCUACAUGCGCCGCCAAGAGCCGAUCACCAACGACACGGGCAUGACCGGUACCGGAGCGCCCUCUCAAACGCCAUCGGAUGCUUCGAAGGGACGGACAGACUGGGACCGCUUCGAGCGAUACGCGGAAGGAGAUCCUAAUAUCCCAAUCACCUCGCCGAGGCGCGUCGUCAUCUUGGACGCGUCAGAAGGAUACGGCGGGAUUAGUACUCCCGGCCGUCGUUCGGUCGAUGAGAUCAGUCUUGCAUUCCUUUUGUGA